AUGUUUGCAAGCCAUUAUGUUCAUCAUCACAGUCCAAAUCAAUGGCUGUCACCGAGGAUAAGUCACUCAACAGACGAUCAGCUAACUAUGCGCCACCACUAUGGUCAUUUGAUCAUGUUCAAUCACUCUCUAGUAAAUACACCGGAGAGGAUUACGAGGCAAGAGUAGAUAGUUUGAAGAAAUCAGUGAAGACGAUGAUACAGGAAGUAGUGGGAAAUCCAUUGAAGACCCUUGAGCUGGUUGACAAUUUGCAGAGACUCGGAAUAUCAUAUCACUUUGAGGAAGAAAUAAGUCAAGUGUUGGAGAUGAUUUACAAUGAUUACUACAAAACUCAGGAGCAGUGGAAUGGAAUGGAUAUGAACCUUAAAGCCCUUGGCUUUCGACUACUCAGACAACAUGGUCAUCAUGUUCCUCAAGAGAUGUUUCUCAACUUUAAGGUGAAGGCUGAAAAUGAUAAACCACAAUCAGACGAGGAUAACAAUCAUGUGGUUGGAAUGCUGAACCUGUACGAGGCUUCUUAUCAUUCAUUCGAGGAUGAAAGCAUCUUGGAUGAUGCGAGAGACUUCACCACAAAAUAUCUAAAAGAAAGUGUAGAUAGGAUUGAUGGAAGUAGUAGUUUAGGGUCAUUAAUAAAUCAUGCAUUGGAGCUUCCACUGCAUUGGAGAAUAGCAAGGUUAGAGGCCAAGUGGUUUAUCGAAGCAUACAGGGAAAUCGUUAGUCCCACAUUGAUGGAGCUUGCAAUAUUGGAUUUUAACAUGGUCCAGGCUAUCAACCUUCAAGAUUUAAAAGAGUCAUCCAGGUGGUGGAGAAAUACAUGCUGGGAUAAGAAGUUGAGCUUUUCAAGAGACCGGUUGGUGGAGGGGUAUAUGUGGACGAUUGGUGUUUGGUCCCUACCAAACUUUAGUCUGGGAAGGAGAACACUAACAAAGGUUAACGCCAUAAUUACUGCUAUUGAUGAUAUCUAUGAUAUCUAUGGUACUUUGGAUGAACUUCAACAAUUCACCGAUGUUAUCACCAGGUGGGAUAUCAAUGCGGUUGAAGAACUCCCAGAUUAUAUGAAGAUAUGUUUCCUUGGAUCCUUCAACGUGAUCAAUGAGAUGGCAUACAACACACUCGCAAACUCAAACUCAGGAGUCUUCAUUCUUCCCUACCUAAAGAAAGCAUGGGUAGAUUUAUGCAACGCAUAUCUGUUAGAAGCACAAUGGUACCAAAGUGGAUAUAUACCAACAUUAGAAGAGUACUUGCAUAAUGCUAGUGUAUCGAUAUCGGUUCCUGUAGGCCUCAUGCAUUGCAAUUUCUUAACAUCUAAUUAUACUUCAACCCAAGAAAUUCAACAAUGCAUACAGAGAUCUGCUAACAUAGUUCACUACUCAGCACUCAUCUUGCGACUUGCUGAUGACUUGGGGACAUCCUCGGACGAAAUGGCAAGAGGGGAUAACCCAAAAUCAAUCCAAUGUUACAUGCAUGAGACUGGUGCUACUGAAGACGAAGCUAGAAAUUAUAUGAAGUCGUUAAUCAACAAGACAUGGAAGAAACUUACCAAAGAACGAGCAGGUGCUGCAGCUACUUGUGAAUUUUUAAUGGAAUUCGAGUGUGCAACAAACUUAGCUAGGAUGGCACCAUUCAUGUACUCUCAAGGAGACGGGUAUGGUCGUCCACAACUGGCUAAAUCUAAUAUAUUAUCCUUGUUGUUUAAUCCAAUCCAAGAUCUACAUUAAUUAAUUAAUAGCCAAUAAUUAAUUGACGUGUAUUUAAUCGGGAUUGUAUAUACAUACCUGCUUUUUUUAAAUCUGGAGUUGUUUGUUUACUU